AUGGAACAACCCUCCUGCAAGGACAGGCUGAGACGGUUGGGGUUAAGCCUGGAGGACAAAAGGCUCUGGGGAGACCUCACCAAGGCGUUCCAGCAUCUUAAAGAGGCCUACAAGAAAGCUGGGGAGGAACUUUUUACAAGGACAGAGAUUGGGACAGCACUACCUUCUAUAAUCCAAGAGAGCUACUCUUCUGCACCAUUGACAGAAGAACCUGAGGAGGAAGCAUCAACACCAAAAUUAGUUGAUGGGUCUUCAGCACAGGGCUCUGGAGUUCUUGGACCCCAAACUCAAGAUGGUUUUCCCACUUGCCUUUUGUGUGCAUGCCUAGGGACCACAGUCUACUGUGAUGAUCAUGAGCUUGAUGCUGUUCCACCAUUGCCUAAGAAAACCACAUAUUUCUACUCACGCUACAACAGAAUCAGGAAGAUCAAAAGAAAUGACUUUGCUAACUUAAACAAUUUAAAGAGGAUUGAUUUGACUGCAAAUUUGAUAUCAGAGAUCCAUGAAGAUGCCUUCCGUAAACUGCCCCAACUUGAGGAGCUGGUGCUUCUCGACAACAGGAUAAGUCAACUCCCUGAGUUACCAUCCACUUUAACAUUCGUCGAUGUUAGUAAGAACAGGCUUGGUCACAAAGGAAUACGUAGUGAGGCAUUUAAAGAUCUGCAUGAACUGCAGCAUCUCUACAUUACUGACAAUAACUUGGAUCACAUUCCAUUGCCACUCCCUGAAAGCCUCCAAGCUCUUCAUCUUCAGAACAACAACAUUCAAGAGAUGCAUGAAGACACCUUCUGCAAAAUGAAUGAUUUUACUUAUGUACGUAGAGCUCUUGAAGACAUCAGACUGGAUGGUAAUCCCAUCAAUCUGAGUAAAACACCAUAUGCAUACAUGUGUCUACCCCGUUUGCCAGUUGGUAACCUCAUCUAAGCUUUCACA